CGACUUCCGAGAUUCCAGACUGGGGAGUGUUCCCCCCACAGCGCUGGGGCCCACUUUCAAGCGACACUGGCAAUUCUGCAUCUGUGUGGCUUCUGGAACCCUUCUGCAAUCAAUGUGAGAGAGAACAGAUGCGAGCUAAUCAGGCUAGUCUGGUCGUCAGCCUUCCCCAUUCGAUACGUGGUCCUCGAACAUUAUUGCGAGGCAACAUGCACACACACGCACACACACAGACAAGAUUGUUGUUUGCUGAAUUUGGACGAAUCGAUGACCGGAUCAUCGAGUUCAGACAGUUCCACCAAGAGUAAGGCCGGUUUGGGUCAUAUUGAUCAACCAUCCUCGACGUAUCAGACGAUGACGCUAUUGGUCUACGGAGUAAAUUCACACCCGUGGAAUAACGUCUCCUGUGAUGACUUCUUGGAAACCGUCGUGCUGACGUAAUGUACAACGUUAUGCUGCACCAACGAAGCACCAACGAAGCGAUCAAAGGCCUGCAUGGUCUGCACAAAGUAUUUGCCUAGGAACGAAGGAUGCAAUCGGCAUGCAUACAGGAGGGAAAAACACCAGGGUGGAGGAAAUUGAUGGCGUACUUGUCGUCGUCCUCGUCCGGGAUAAUCAGCCUACUCAUUACACAGCCCUGUGGCGGCCCGUGGAAGCUGGAACCUUGGCAUGAGGGAUCGAGGGAGCACAAUGUGUUCCCAUUCGGGCAUGCAGCCACCGCCUCAGAGCCCACACCCUUCCAAGCUGCCAGGACGAGGCCAGCCUUUGAUAUUCAGGGAUGGACCGGGAUUGCAGAGGGUACAUGCUGCCCGGCCUGUUGACUCUGAGAGCCCCAAGGAAACAAAAUGGAUAUGGGACCCACUUAUAAGAUCUCCAUUAUCUCCUGACCCCCUUGUUCAUGUCCGCCGGGUGGGCAGGUGGGUCUCUCUACUUUUUGACUUUCCUGCUCCUUGUCCAUGUCCCGUCGAGGAGGUGGUUUAUUACCAGCUUAUACCCCCUCGGAGGUAUACCGCAUACGGAAAAGAAGCGAAACCACUUAUAUCUUCUCGCCGUCUCUCGGUCCUCGAUCAUUGAGAGCGGCCUCACAUUUCCAGGCGCCUUCCAUCAAACCACACUCUGGUCUGAACUCUUCAACCAGAUACACAUUCGUUAUUCAUAUUGUUCAAUUCAUCAUCCCUCAUUCUCCACGGUUGAACUUGUUGUUAUCACAUCGAACCCAAUCGAUAUAGCCAUACUAUCACACCAUAACCACAAUGUAUUCCAAAGUCCCACAGCAAGAGAAGACAGGGCAGCAAGUGUCCAAGCUGCCCUGCUAUGCCGACACAUACUCCCGCAAGCCCAUCACGGAUAUCUUCACAAAGGAUACAGACAUGGACAAGCGGGGACGCAAGAGGACAGUGCCAAUGAAGGUUCUUCUACUGGCAGUCGGACGGACAGGCACAGCUUCCAUGCGCGCGGCAAUGCAGCACCUCGGCUACGUCGAGACCUACCACAUGAUGUGCGCCUCGAUCGAGAACCCACCAGACGCCCUUCUGUGGCACGACGCCCUCGUGGCCAAGUACUUCCCCGAGCGGUCGCCCCUUCCCGAGGGCGCCAUCCGCACGCGCGAGUUCUGGGACCAGCUGCUGGGCAACUGCCAGGCCGUCUGCGACUGGCCCGCGUGCGCCUUCGCCGAGGAGCUGAUGGAGGUGUACCCCGAGGCCAAGGUGGUACUGACGGGCCGUGACGUGGACUCGUGGCACAAGUCGACGCUGCCCACCGUCUACUGGCGGGCGACGGACCCGGAGCUGCGCAUGCUGUCCAACACCUACCUGCCCUUUGGCCUGUCCGGCUCCUGGGCCGCCCAGAUGUACUACCCGAUGCUCAAGAUGUUCUUCGACACCUUCUUCGAGGGCGACUUUGUGCACAAGGGCAAGGACAUCUACCGCCGCCACUACGAGAAGUGCGUGCGCCUCGCCACCGACGAGGGCCGCAACCCGGGCCGCCUGCUCGAGUUCCGCGUCCAGGAGGGCUGGGAGCCGCUGUGCAACUUCCUCGGCGAGCGCGUCCCCAAGGCCCAGAAGUUCCCCAACGUCAACGACAGCUCCGACUUUGUCAACCGCUCCCGCAGGAGGAACCGCAACCAGAUGAUGAACGUCGCCGUCCGCCUGCUCAUGUGGUGGGUCAUCAUCGGCUUCGUGUGCUACGUCCUCAUGGGCAUGUUGACUGCUUAGAGGCAUCCUGUACAUCCCCUCUGUGCGUUGUUUUAUGGGCUUUUGAUUUGAUGAUAUCACUGGGUAAACUUGACUUAUUUGACGGCGUUUCGGGACUCCUGGUGCAUUGGUCAGCUGGUGGGCACCUGGGCCGACCAGCAAAUACAAAUAUAGGGAUUUGAUGGGAAACAUUUUCUCGGUUGGAUUCGGGUUCAUUUAGGCUCCCUCUUAUUCACUACAUAUGUAGGGCAGCAUUAUCUGUACAUAGAUUAUUGAAACACAUUCGAUUUACACAA